AUGAUCAGGACCUGCCUGUACACCAUCUCGGCGGCCAUUGCGAUAGCCUCCAAUGUCUUUUUCCUAUCUUUGGCGGUGUUCCCGGACUUGACACCUGUGAAUGCGCACCUUUGGCCCAAACCCGUGCAUGAAUGUCAUGGUCAUCGGACCAUUCAACUCUCCAAGGACUUUCGCUUCCAGCUACCACACGAUGCCCACCCGAGACUGGCAAGCGGAGCUGCUCGCUACAGGAAAAGAAUUCUGGUCAGUAAAUUCUUGAGUCCAGUGCCAGUCGAUCCUUCUCUUCUAGCCUUGGAAGAUCGAUCCCAGGUCGCAGACGUCAAGCUGGACACAAUUAUAGUGGCUAUUGAAAAAGGCUCCUCGGCCGACGCCUUGGGUUUGGAGACAGAUGAAUCCUACAGACUACUGAUCGCCACGGACGAAGACCCCAAGGCGCCUUUUGAAAUUGACGCCCAUCAGUGUGAACAGAUGUCAAACAAGCCAUUCCCACACAGCGUCAAGGGCUUCAUCAGGGCAAAGACAAUCUACGGGGCACUGCACGGCAUGGAAACGUUCGCCCAAUUGGUGACAAACAAUCUGCAUGACGGUACAAAGGAGAUUGCCCGUGCUCCCGUCCUCAUCCACGAUCAACCGCUGUUCCAGCACCGUGGGCUGAUGCUCGAUACCUCCAGGAACUAUAUCUCUAUAGCUGCUCUCUACAGGACCAUCGAUGCCAUGGCUAUGAACAAAUUCAAUGUCUUUCAUUGGCACAUUGCGGACUCGCAGUCGUUCCCUGUCGCGUUGGAUGACGUCCCCGGCACCAAACACGUGGAUGAAAAGGAUGAACAACAGAAAACAUCAGGUCUGCCGCUCAGUCAACUAGCCUCCAAAGGCGCCUAUGCCAGUGAUAUGGUGUACACCAAAAAGGAUAUCCUGAAAUUCGUCAACUACGCCCUCGAUAGAGGCAUCCGCGUCAUUCCUGAGAUCGACAUGCCUGGCCACGCCUGGUCCUGGUCGCGUUCCUUCCCAGAGAUCACAUCCUGUCUGGACGGUUAUCCCAGCUACAGUCGAUUCAGUGCGGAACCCCCGAGCGGCCAGUUGAACCCGAUCAUUCCCAAGACGUACGAGGUUGUUCAAGGCGUCUAUGACCAGUUCCUCCCACUUUUCAAGGACAAGUAUGCCCAUGCAGGUGCAGACGAGGUUAACAUUAAUUGCUGGAACAAUACCGAUUCUGUGGUGAAGUACAUGAAGAGCAAGAAUAUUACUAGGGAUGCCUCUGGGUUCGACAGCAUUCUGAACGAAUUUGUCUCAAAGCAGCACGCGAUGUUGCGAAAGGAAGGCAAGACACCCGUCGUCUGGGAGGAGCCAUUGCUGAACCACAACCUGAAGACUCUUCAGCACAGUAAGGAUACCGUGAUCCAGGUCUGGACGAGCGCAGCAAAUAUCAAAAAGACGGUCGAAAAGGGAUACAAAGUGGUCGCUGGAUCGGCCGAUUAUUGGUACCUUGACUGUGGAUUCGGAGACUGGCUUGGCAACUGGACCCUAGGCCGCUCAUGGUGCGACCCAUAUAAGGGCUGGCAAAGGAUUUACUCGUUUAACCCGAUCUUGGGGCUGACUCCUAAGGAUGCAAGGAGUGUCCUUGGCGGUGAGGCACUUCUUUGGACGGAGCAGGUCGAUGAUACCAAUUUGGAUACUAAGCUGUGGCCCCGUGCCUCUGCCGCAGCCGAGGUGCUGUGGAGCGGCAACUCGGACGACAGCUCGACCCGCCUGUGGAAUGGACCUGAGCAGAAAGCAGACACACUUCGUAGCAUUGAGGCCGAGAGCAGAAUCAACGAGCACCGGUUCAGGAUGGUGUCCGAGAAGAUUGGGGCAGAGCCCCUGCAGCCGAUGUGGUGCGUGCAGCACCCAGGGCACUGUCUCUGGCCCAUUUACGACGAGAAGCCGGAAGAGUCGCCAUACUAA